CCAACACACACUUGCAUUCGCUCACAACAUGGCGAUGAAGCGCCGAGAGACACGACGGCUCUCUCCCAACUAAAUGCGACCCUGUUCUGAGUGAAAGCAGGGGACUAUGUCAAAGGGAUAUACCUGAACUAAUAGCCAACUAAUAGCCUACUUCAGAGAGGGGAUUAUUGCGGAUUCCAUUAUAUAUACAUGUUGCUAGCGGUAUAGCUGGCUGUAGAGACCCGCACGCUGCUUUACCCCUCUGCUGGAAAUCAAUGCUUUACAUGGCGGUGGAGACUAUCUGGGUUUUCUAUCUACUUUCGUUUGGCUUCUGUGGACCAUCCGUUCAAGUGAAGCCUGUGACGGUGGAGCUGAGCUGUGGGGCGGGGCCUGUCCUCGUGGUGCUGGAGCCGGGACAGCCUCUGCUGCUGGACUGUCACCUGGGGGCCACGUCCCUGGACACGCCCCUCAACGUCACCUGGCUGCAGGAUGGGCUCCCCGUACUGGAGGGGGAGGGGAACUCCCUCAGGACCCUGGCCAACGGCUCACUGCUGGUGCUGCCCACCUCUGUGGAUGGCCGGACGCCUCAAGGCGUGGAGGGGGGUUACAGCUGUGUGAGUGCCGGCCCUUUUGGAGCUCUGACCAGCCGCACCAUCACCGUUCACCUGGCCACGCUGUCUCGUUUCCAUCAGGAACCAGAGGCCCAGGUGGUGCCCGUGGGGGGUGCUUCCCGCUUUGAGUGCCAGAUAGACGGAGUGCCCACGCCAAGGAUAACCUGGGAGAAGGACCAGGAACCCAUCCCCAGCCAGCUUAGGUUCAUCUCUCUCCCUAACGGUGUGCUCCAGAUCUUGGGGGCGGUUAAGGAGGAUGGGGGUGCGUACCGCUGUGUGGCCUCCAACUCUGCCCGGAAACGCUUCAGCCAGGAUGCCAUCCUCACUGUCACUACAGGUCCUGGCCCUGCCCAAAGUGAGGUAGUGAUCGUGGCACCUCCUCAGAAUGCCACGGUGGUGCAGGGGCGUCCAGCGGUGAUGGAGUGCAUGGCCCAGGGCGGGCAGCCCAAACCCCUGGUGUCCUGGAGCAGACAGGACGGGAAGCCCAUCGCCACCGACGUGGUUGUCCUGGAAACUAACCUGGUGAUCCCCAACACACGGCGUAACCAUGCGGGGGUCUACGUCUGCCGUGCCAACAAACCCAAGACCCGCGAGUUUGUCAUAGCUGCAGCUGAACUGCAUGUGCCAGCCCCACCAGUGAUCCUCCAGCCCCCAGAGACGGUGUCUCUCUCUCGGGGAAACACAGCCAGGUUUGUGUGUAACGGCUCUGGGGAGCCUCCCCCGGCGCUGCACUGGCUGAAGAAUGGCAAGCCGGUCAAGUCUAACGGGCGGGUGAAGACCCAGAGCCCUGGGGUGCUGCUCAUCAACCAGCUGGGCCUGGACGACGCAGGGUACUACCAGUGCAUCGCUGACAACGCUCUGGGGACGGCCUGCGCCACAGCCAAGCUGUCUGUCAUUGUGAGAGAGGGUCUACCCAGCCCACCACACCAGCUCUCUGCCACGCCCCACUCCAGCACCACCGCCCUCCUCACCUGGGAACGGCCCGAACACAACAGUGACCAGAUUAUAGGCUUCUCUGUGCACUACCAGCCCACUUCAGGCUCUGAUCACAUGGAAUACCAGUUUGCUGUGAACAACGACACCACAGAGUACCAUGUGAAGGAGCUACUGCCACACACAGCCUAUACCUUCUACGUGGUGGCCUACUCCCCCAUGGGAGCCAGCCGCCCGUCACGGCCCGUCACCGUGGAGAUGCUGGAGGACGUACCCAGUGCCCCUCCACAGCUGUCCCUGCUCAGCACCUCUCCUACAGACAUCAGAGUGAUGUGGCUGCCCCUGUCCUCCCAGCACAGCAGAGGAGCUGUCACCCGCUACCGCAUCGACUACUCCACACUGGAACAGGUGGACAACGUGUUUUCUGUGGAGGUGGGGGGGAAUGAGACUCAGCUUACCUUGCGGGAGCUGCUGCCUAACCAGGCCUAUCGACUGCGGAUGGCAGCGGGAACGGGAGCAGGCUUUGGUGUGCCGUCAGAGUGGAACCAGCACCACACCCCAGACCACUUUAACCACAGCAUGGUGAUCUUUGCUCCCACAGAGCUAAAGGUUAGGGCCAAAAUGAACUCCCUCCAUGUCACAUGGCAGCCCCCGCCCAAUCACACGCAGAUCUCCGGCUACAAGCUCUUUUGCAGGGAGGUGGUUGGUGAGGAGCUGACCAAUGGGGAGGCUCAUCCUGAGAGGGAGAGGGUGAGGAGGAUGGAGGCCCACACCAUCAAGCUCCGCAAGAGGGUCAAACAUCAUGAGGUCUCUAGUCUGGUCCCUGACAGACUAUAUGAAGUGAAGGUGUGGGCCUUCAAUAAGCAGACGGAUGGCUAUGCUGCAGGAUGGAAGGGCAGGACAGAGAAGGCACAUGGCAAAGCGCCCCCUAAGGGGAACCCCCCUCCCCUGCCCCCCAGCAGCAUCAAGGCUACAGCCAACAGCUCCACGUCCAUCUGGCUGCGCUGGGAGAAACCUCGCUUCAGCAACGUCCGCAUCAUCAACUACACCGUACGCUGCAGCCCGGCCGGCAUCAGAAACGCAUCACUUGUGUCCUACUACACCAGCUCUGCUCAGGAGAUCCUCUUGGGGGCGCUAAAACCCCACACCCGCUAUGAGCUGGCUGUGCAGUCCAAUGGAGGAGACAUGGUUGGUCCCUUCAGCGGCACCGUGGAGGAGUCCACUCUCACUGACGUACCCUCCACCCCCCCAGCGGAACUGCAGCUCAGUGCCUUGGACUCCUCCUCUGUGUUGGUGAACUGGCGCCCGCCUGUGGAGCCCAAUGGCAUCAUCAUCAGCUACAGGAUCCUAUACACCAUCAACCUCAGCCAGCCUGAGCACCUGUGGAACAACCUCUCCCAAGAUGGGACCAUCAUGAGUGCUGAGGUAACAGGGCUGUCUAGUGGGACACAAUACUUCUUUAAGAUGAGGGCGUCCACUGAGGUGGGGGUGGGGCCUUACUCCCCAGUGAAGGAUGUGCACACUCCUCCCAAGAAAUAUGAGCUGGACAUCCAUGCAGUGACAGGCAUCAUAGUUGGUGUGUGUCUGGGGCUACUCAGCAUUCUCCUUUGUAUGUGUGUCAGCUUCCGCAACGGCAAGGCCAGAGAGGUGUCUGGAGGGCUGGACUCCACUGCUCUGCCCCCACAGUACCAUCAUGGGUGUAGGUCUGUGCCCACCAUGGUGCCAGAAUGCAGUGAUUGCCAUGAGCUAGAGACCCUGAUGCCCCUGGGCAGCCUGGACCAUGACCAUGACCGCACCCAACCCCUCACAGAGCCCACUGAGGAGCACAGCCUCAUGGGUAAUGUAGGAAUAGGGGACGAUGCCCUAGGAGCUGAGCUCAAGGCUGCUUAUAAUGGGUCAGUUAGUCGUAACUGGGCCAACCGGAUCACCAAAUACAGGGAUACCAUCACAGAGGACUCUCCAACUCUUAACAAUGGAACUUUGGACAUGACCAACACAGAGAAUGGCAAGGGCAACCCUGAGGACCAACUGGACUCCUCCCUGUGCAGUAGUAACCAUUUGGAGGCAGAGGUCAUAGUUCACUCUGAGCUGAACGACCUGGAGAAGGAGCAGCAGGAGGCGCAGAGUGACAGGGAAGAGGACUCUCAGGCCACCAGGGGGCCUUCACUGUCCGGGGCAGCUUACUUCCCAGUCAGACAGCCUGCCCAGGCCCCUUUACAACCAAAGGAGCCAGUCAGACAGCCUGCCCAGGCCCCUUUACACCCAAAGGAGCCAGUCAGACAGGCUGCCCAGGCACCACAACAUCCAGGGGAGCCAGUCAGACAGCCUGCCCAGGCCCCUUUACACCCAAAGGAGCCAGUCAGACAGCCUGUCCAGGCACCACAGCAUCCAGGGGAGCCAGUCAGACAGGCUGCCCAGGCACCACAGCAUCCAGGGGAGCCAGUCAGACAGGCUGCCCAGGCACCACAACAUCCAGGGGAGCCAGUCAGACAGGCUGCCCAGGCACCACAGCAUCCAGGGGAGCCAGUCAGACAGGCUGCCCAGGCACCACAACGUCCAUCACCAGGGGAGGAGUCCCUACAGACACAACCCCUGCCCAAGGUCCCAUCCGGCCCUGACCUGGAGCCAGUGUCCAAUCACAAUGGGCAGCCAGAGGGCAUGGUUGGGGGCAUGGUGGGCGUGGCAGCCCAGCUGACUGUAGAUGUGGGGCGGCACCCAGAAAUGGGGCUCACCAACGGCUUCCACUCCACCAAGCCCCUGCGGCCAGGGCAGGAGACCCUGGGGAACGGGGACUCCAGACACUGCCCCCCUCCCCCGUCCCCCUCUCCUUUCGUCAGCGCCGGCCUUGUCCACUCUAACUCAGCAGCGCACAGCUACCUGUGCCCUUAGCAGGAGAAACAAACCCUCACACCAAGACCAGCUGGACGCCUUUCUUUUUCUCAUCCAUGAUGAAUCAAAUGUUGUUUUUUUAAAGCACCUCUAUCUGAUUUUCUUCUUCCUGGCUCAGUUUUAUAGGUACUUUGAAUCCAUUGUUUUAUAUGUGUAUAUAUACAGUAUAUAUUUUUUAGUGCUAGUAUGUAUGGGUAUUCAUUUUGUUGCAUAGCAGCAGUAUGUUAGUCUGGCCUUACUCUGUACUUUGCUACAGGCUCCUAUUACAGACGUACGAUGACGGAAUCAUAGUGUAGAAAGCAGGAUAUUCCUUUUUUCAUAAGCCUUGACCUGUUGGACUCUGAGAUUGAGCGUGGACGUGUGGUACUUCAAGACCUACCUUUGGUCAGCUGAUGAUGGUAGAGAGGCUCUUGAUUCAGCACCAUGGAUGAAGAUAGAGCAGAACCGUGACCAUGUGGCCCUUUCACCCUCACCCUGGCUCCUUUCAAAUGACUGAGCUGUUCCUAUUGGCUGUUCCACUGUAUGGAUGCUGCCUGCCCCAGCACCAGGAAAGAAGCCUGAUAUUUAGACACUGAGAGUGCAGACCUCCUGUCUCUCUCUCGCUCUCUAACCUCCUGCUGUCUCAGGAUCCACACACACAUUCCCUGAAUUGAGCUUGGGGGUCUCAGGUGCCUAAUAUUUUAGGAGCAUUUUUAACCUCUGUAUAUUUAUAUAGAUGAUUAUAUUCAAUAAAAAUAGGACAAAUAUGUUGACAAAGGAAAAUAAAUGAGGCAAUUGAAGAAAAUUUGAAGGAACCGCAUACAGUAUAUGUAGUAGAUAUAGGUUGCAUUAUUUGGGGGGGGGGGGGCUAGAUGAGAUGUGUAGGUGUAUGACAAAAUAACACAUCUUAAGCAGCGUUCUCCUGGUUUUGCUCCCAGUCAACAGCACUACCUCAUUUCUUUACAGGAUGGUUUGUUGGUGAUUUUAAUUGUGUCAUGCAGAUAGGUGCAUCUUUUAGAAUCAGUUUUUUAACUGUUUAAUUCAUAGCCUUCAAUACUUUCAGGAAUAACUUCCUGUCCCCCUCUUUCUGUAUACAUCGAUGCGUAUUACCUACAGGAAAUGACAGGUAUGGUACAUAACGGCCUGUCUCAGAUCUCUGUUUAUUGCCCUUUUCCCCUUUAUCAGUUGUUCUGUUAGAUUUGGGUUUCCAACUGUCUUCACCCCCCUCAAUGUUACAUCUACUUUGGACCGCAAAUCACUUUUCACCUUAGGUAAAUCAUGCAGCAGUUUAGUUACCAGGCCUGCUAUAUGGUAGCCUGUUAUUAGACCUACUACAGAGGAACAAGGCUCCGUCGGGUGGCCUCACCCAUUGUGAUGCCAUCUGACUCAUCCUCUCAGCUGUGUCUGGGCUCCUCCCUCUGCAGGUGGGGGGGGGUGGAAAUAGAAUAGAGACAUAAACCUAGAAACCACUUCUAUUUUCAGUCAUAUUUACAUUCUUUCUUUGUACUUUUGACUCUCACCAGCCUGAGGUCUUUCACAAUACCACAUGUAAAGUCUACACCCCUUUGAACUUUUUUCACAUUUUGUUGCGUUACAAAGUGGAAUUAAAAUGGAUUUAAUUGACA